GCCCUCCCCACCUACAAAACACUCAUACCAAAAAACAGACCCAUUUUCAGCAGAGCAGAAAAAAAACACCAACCAAAAAAAAAAAAAAAAAAAAAAAAAAGAAUUAUUCUUCCCCUAGAUAAAACUACAGAGAAAUUUUCAUUUCUUUGUUCUUGUAAAUCAUCACUAUUUUUCGCUCUCUUUUUUUGUAAUUUAUAGAGAAAAUUGAUUUGAAGCUAUGGGUACGGAGAUCUUGCGGCCGCAGGAUUGUUUGAUCGAACGGAUUAGAGUUCCACAGCCGGCGGUUUUUUAUCGCCGGAGAAACUAUGGAAACCCUAACUUUAACUAUCCUAACACUAGAUCUAGCCGGAAACCGGCGGUCCGGCAGGAGAAGCCGGAGAAGAAGAGGUAUGUCACCACUUUGGAGCCGUCGGUCUCGAAGAGGUCGAGCUCUGCGGACGAUCUGAGAGUGGCGAAGUCCGGUCCGGCGAUGGAGAAGGUGACGAUUUUGAGAAGAGGCGAGUCGUUGGACUCGAAGAUCAAGAGCGAGUCUAGGAAGGAAGGUGGUGGUGGUGGUGGUGUUGAAGGUUUGGUCGUGACGUCGACGGAGAGGCUAGGUCCGGCGCCGGAGAUGGUGCCGAAGCAGAUCCGGAUUGUGGAUCCUAGAUCUCCGUCGCCUCCUACUCCACCUCCGAUGAUGAGAAAGUGCGACAUGUACGCCGGAUCGGCGUUCGCGAUGUCUCCGGCGCCGAGCUCGCUUCCGCUACCGUCGUUCUCGAAGAAAAAGCAAGUAGUUUCCGGCAUCGUCGUCGACGACUCGGCCACCAGAGACCUGAGGCGUUUGCUUCGUCUCGAUUUGUGAGGUCCAUUUUCAAAAGCAAGUUUAACACAGAAAAAAAAACCGGGUUUUUGCGUCUUAAACCCGCUUUCAAAAUUAGAUCCGAGUCUGAACCGAUCCGGAUCCGAAUCUGUUUCACCUUCUCUCUAUCUCUAUCUCUAGAACCGUCUCUUUGGUUUCGUCUCUUUUAAGUAAAUCUCGAGCUUCAAGGUCAGAACAGUCCGUGAUUUUUUUAAACGGAGGGUAGAUCUGGAAAUCGGGAAAAUUAUGUUGGCGAAGAAAAAAAUUAUUAUUAGAUUAUGGGUGGUUUAUUUGUAAUAUCUUGGGGUUGAUUAUGGGUAAUUUAGGGUUGUUUAUCUGGGAAUAUAUAAUUGAAGGAGAGGGGUUGAUUUGUAAUUUGGGAAAAAAUAGUUUGGGGUUUGUUCUGCUCUGUUGUGAAUUUGUGAGAGGGCUUUUGUGUACCCUAUUGUAUUGUAAAGUAAGAUAAAACAUUAGGGGAAAAAUUUGGGUAAGGGUCUUAAUAUUUUUUUGGGUUUAAUUUGUGUUAGGUGUUGUUUAGUUCAGUUGUGUACUUUUUUUUCUUGUUAUUUGUUAUGUUAUAGCUUGUAAGUAAAGGGAGGUUGUUUAUGUAUUCCAUUUUUUAUACUAGAUCUUCUAGAAUGUUUUGUAA